AGAAAAUGACAGCCAUCAAGCAUGCCUUACAGAGAGAUAUUUUCACUCCAAAUGAUGAGCGUUUGCUGAGCAUUGUUAAUGUUUGCAAAGCAGGAAAAAAAAAGAGGAACUGUUUCUUAUGUGCUACAGUGACAACCGAACGCCCAGUGCAAGUGAAGGUGAUCAAGGUGAAAAAAUCUGAUAAAGGUGAUUUCUACAAGAGGCAGACUGCCUGGGGGCUUCGGGAUCUCACUGUUGUUGAUGCCAAGGAUGCCAUCAAAGAAAGUUCUGAGUUUGAUCUACAUUUUGACAAAGUAUACAAAUGGGUUGCUAGCAGUAUAGCAGAAAAGAAUACUUUUAUUUCAUGUAUUUGGAAACUCAAUCAGCGGUAUAUUAGAAAGAAGAUUGACUUCAUCAAUGUUAGUUCCCAGCUUCUGGAAGAACUACCUAAAGUCACUGAAGAAUCUGUUCCCAGUGGUGAAAAUCAGAAUGUGGCAGGAGGAGAUGAAGAAGCAGUGGAUGAAUAUCAAGAAUUAAAUGCUAGAGAAGAGCAAGAUAUUGAAAUAAUGAUGGAAGGCUGUGAAUAUGCCAUUUCUAAUGCAGAAGCCUUUGCAGAUAAGCUGUCUAGAGAGCUGCAGGUUCUUGAUGGGGCAAACAUCCAAUCAAUUAUGGCCUCUGAGAAGCAGGUGAACAUUUUGAUGAAAUUGCUGGAUGAGGCACUGAAAGAAGUAGACCAAAUCGAGCUGAAGCUGAGCAGUUACGAAGAAAUGCUCCAGAGUGUGAAAGAGCAGAUGGAUCAGAUUUCAGAAAGCAACCAUCUCAUUCAUCUUAGCAACACGAACAACCUAAAACUGCUGUCAGAGAUAGAGUUCCUUGUUAACCAUAUGGAUUUGGCCAAAGGUCACAUCAAGGCCCUUCUGGAAGGAGAUCUCUCGUCUUCUCGCGGCAUUGAGGCCUGCACAAACGCAGCAGACGCACUCUUACAAUGUAUGAAUGUAGCUCUUCAGCCAGGGCACGAAUUGCUUUAUGCAGUCAAUCAACAGCAGCAGCGGUUUAGUGACCUGCGGGAGCAGUUUGCACGGAGAUUGGCCAGUCACCUCAACAAUGUCUUUGUUCAGCAGUUUAUUGAGCUGGAGAAGGGUCUCAGUAACAGGUCCUACUAUCUUUCAGUUUCUGGCCAUGACCAAAGCUCUACUCUUGCUCAGCACUCCGUUGAGUUGACGUUGCCAAAUCAUCACCCUUUUCACCGAGACCUACUCCGGUAUGCCAAGCUUAUGGAGUGGUUAAAGAACACCGAUUAUGGGAAAUAUGAAGGGCUAACAAAGAACUAUAUGGAUUAUUUAUCACGGCUAUAUGAAAGAGAAAUAAAGGAUUUUUUUGAAGUUGCCAAGAUUAAAAUGACAGGUGCAACUAAGGAAGGAAAGAAGUUUGCCACACUGCCUCGAAAAGAAAGUGCUGUCAAACAGGAAACAGAGAGCCUUCACGGAAGUUCUGGGAAACUGACUGGCUCAACAUCCAGCCUCAACAAACUCUCCGUUCAGAGUUCAGGAAAUCGCAGAUCUCAGUCAUCCUCGUUGCUGGAUAUGGGAAACAUGUCCGCUUCUGACCUUGAUGUAGCCGAUAGGACUAAGUUUGAUAAGAUUUUUGAACAGGUCUUAAGUGAAUUAGAGCCCCUCUGUCUGGCAGAACAAGACUUCAUUAGUAAAUUCUUCAAACUUCAACAGCAUCUCAGCAUUCCCGGAACGCCAAUGAGUGAUACUGAGGAGACAGACGGAGGAACUUUAUCGAGAGCACACAAUAUUGGUGGGCUGCAAUCAGCAUCCUCAGAGAAUCACAUGAUCCGGCAAAUGAUGAUAAAAAUAUUUCGCUGCGUUGAGCCAGAACUGAAUAACCUCAUUGCUCUGGGGGACAAGAUUGACAGCUUCAAUUCCCUCUAUAUGCUAGUGAAAAUGAGUCAUCACGUAUGGACAGCACAGAAUGUGGAUCCAACAUCCUUCCUUAGCACAACUCUUGGAAAUGUUUUAGUGACUGUCAAACGAAAUUUUGAUAAGUGCAUUAGUAAUCAGAUAAAACAGAUGGAAGAUGUAAAGAUAUCCAAGAAGAGCAAAGUUGGAAUCCUUCCCUUUGUUGCUGAAUUUGAAGAGUUUGCAGCCUUGGCUGAAUCUAUAUUCAAAAAUGCUGAACGCAGAGGAGAUUUAGAUAAAGCUUACCUGAAGCUUAUUCGAGGAGUUUUUGCUAAUGUUGAGAAAGUAGCAAAUGAAAGCCAGAAGACUCCUCGGGAUGUGGUGAUGAUGGAGAACUUCCACCAUAUCUUUGCAACCCUCUCUCGUCUGAAGAUCUCUUGUCUAGAGGCCGAGAAAAAAGAAGCUAAACAGAAAUACACCGAUCACUUACAGUCAUAUGUGAUCUACUCUUUGGGACAGCCACUUGAGAAAUUAAAUCAUUUCUUUGAGGGUGUUGAAGCACGUGUGGCACAAGGUGUGAGAGAAGAGGAAGUGAGCUACCAGUUGGCCUUCAAUAAACAAGAGCUAAGAAAGGUUAUUAAGGAGUAUCCUGGCAAGGAAGUGAAAAAGGGAUUGGACAAUCUUUACAAAAAGGUGGACAAACAUCUGUGUGAAGAAGAAAACCUACUUCAGGUGGUGUGGCAUUCCAUGCAAGAUGAAUUCAUACGACAAUACAAGCAUUUUGAAGGCUUAAUAGCACGUUGCUAUCCUGGUUCUGGAAUUACUAUGGAAUUCACUAUUCAGGAUAUUUUAGAUUACUUCUCCAGUAUUGCACAGUCACACUGAAAUUUGUUUGGUGCAAAGCAAGAUAAGCUCACAAAGUUGCUGUGAAGCAUUGUUGACACUGGAAGUUUAUUCUGAGGAAUGGAAGCAUAAGGGUGUUCUUGAUUAUCUUCAUACAUAUCAACAGAUGGCUUAGGCCAGCAUUCCUCAAUGUAGUGCUGUCUUAUAUGAGUUGGACUAUAGCUCUGAGAAUUGACAGCCAGUAUCGCCACUGGUCACACUGGCUAGGAAUUCUGACUGUUCUAGUCCAUUCAGUUGGAAAGCUGGCCUAGGUAGAAGUGUUGCCUAAUUGCUGGAUAAAAAGUAUUGAAAUACACAUUUUUACAUGUAACUGGUAUGUCAAAUGUACAUUUAUUAUACUAAACUCAUCUGCUUUCCUAAUCCUUUGCUUUUAGAAAUUAAUAUGUAAGUAUAGAUAUUAUAUAAACAUCUGGUUUUUUUCUUGAAUCAGUGCAUGUUAAUAUAUAGAUGGAUAGGACAUCUGAGCUUUUGAGAAUCAAUUUACAUGAUUAUGUAAUUGCAAUUCUUUUGAUUUGAAGUAAAAAAAAAUGCUCUUUACAAAGAAAGUACUUAUUUCCUGAGGGAAAUUAUUAGCUGUGCCUCAGCGUGACACAAAGGAAAAAAAUGCUUUAUUUCUCCAGAUGAAGCAGCCAGUAGUUGUACUUGAAGUAAUGUUCAGUGCAUUGAUUGAGGUUUCCUUGGCAACACUGAAAUUUUUAGAUUUAAGCAUCGUAGCUGUACAUUUGUUCAGAUAGCUGUAUUUAGAAAGGAAAAUGCAAGAUGUUACCCUUCUGGAAAGAACCUGCUGAAACUCAAAAUGUCUUUUAGGUUUUCUGAGCUAUCAAUGUGUUAUCAUUUUACCCUAGUACUAUAAUAUUUAACUCAGCUGGGCACAGAGUGCACUUGCCAAUGUAUUUGCCUUUCUCAAUUUCUUCCUCACUGUUCUGUUACAGCUCAAGCUACUUUAUAUAUCUUCAGUCGAUGAGGAUUCCAUGUGCUAUAGAAAUGAUGUUUUUUCACCUACUGGUUUCAUAAUUGUUACUGGUGGAAAUGGUGUGGAAGCUGGACUAUUUUGCAACACUUUCACUCUCCCCCCACCCUUCUUUCUAUUUAGAAGCAAGAAAGGAAUUCGUAGAAAUGCUUGACUGCUUCCCUCCCACAAGGCUGUUUUUUCACUAUGUACUUUCAAAUGACCGUAUAAUUUUUAUUUUGCACAGCCUGUAAUUAUCAUAUUCUUUCUUUUAAAAAAACAACCUGAACUAGCAUGUGAUAGCUACACUUGUCAUGCUAUUUGAUCACACUAUAAACACAAAUGAUAAAACGUA